AUGAAAAUACAACAGGGAUGCAUAAUGACUCCUGGUCCCCGUGGCGGGCAUGGCGGCGUUAACCAACUUGGGGGUGUUUUCGUAAAUGGCCGACCUCUUCCAGAUGUUGUGCGACAGCGAAUAGUUGAACUUGCCCACACAGGCGUGCGUCCCUGUGACAUCUCCCGCCAGCUACGCGUCAGCCAUGGGUGUGUCAGCAAGAUACUGGGCAGAUACUACGAAACAGGCAGUAUUCGCCCGGGUGUCAUCGGGGGAUCCAAACCAAAGGUUGCUACACCAAAAGUGGUCGACAAGAUUGCCGAUUACAAACGCCAAAACCCCACCAUGUUUGCCUGGGAGAUCCGGGACAGGCUCCUGGCCGAGAGAGUGUGUGACAACGACAGCGUGCCCAGUGUCAGCUCCAUCAACAGGAUCAUUCGGACCAAGGUUCAGCAGCCGCCGGGCCAAACAGUAGCGGCUCACAAUUUAGCGACAUCAGUGGCGGCUACACAGGUCUCUGCGGUGACCAGUGAUUCUGCCGGCUCUUCGUACUCCAUCAGCGGCAUUCUGGGUAUCAGCUCAGCUGCUGAUGUUGGGAAAAGGAAGCGAGAUGAAGGUUUGCAGGAGUCGCCACUGGCCAAUGGGCACAGCCACAGUGGGCGGGACUUCCUCAGGAAGCAGAUGAGAGGGGAGCUGUUCUCGCCGCAGCAGAUCGAGACAUCGGAUUACCCCUCGAUGGCAUCGCUAGCCAGUGGACUGGACGAGAUGAAGAACAAUCUGGCCAAUCCCAGCACCGGGGCAGAAUUAGGAGCCAGUGUGGCCGGCCCACAGUCCUAUUCACUAGUUCCAGGGCGAGACCUCGCCAGCACCACUUUGCCGGGCUACCCUCCUCACGUUCCCCCCACGGGGCAGGGCAGCUACUCUACCCCCUCCCUCACUGGCAUGGUCCCAGGAGGAGAUUUCUCUGGAAGCCCCUAUUCCCAUCCUCAGUAUUCCACAUAUAAUGAAUCUUGGAGAUUUCCCAACCCGAGUUUAUUAGUGUUUCAGCAAGAUUACGGUUCUCUCUUGGGUACGGAAAUCGGCUGCUCCUCCAGUCUCUUCACCAGCCAGGCGGGACAGAUGCAAGGGUCACCGUACUACUACAGUGCAACAUCACGUGGGGCGGGACCCGGCGCCACGGCCACAGCCUCGGCAUACGACCGCCACUGA